AUGAAAGCAGAAUUGUUAGAAAGUUUCGCAAGUUGGAGUAAUAUUAUCGGUGAUAUUUUAAGAUGCAUUGUCGACAAGAUUCAUUCAAUUCAAGAUCGUGUUCGGAUGGGUGUUGUUUGUCGAUCUUGGCAUGCUUUGCUCAAGGACGAAAAAAUCGAUUUCCCUAUUUGUUUGAUGCUUGCUGCAAAAGAGAAUAGUGACAGACGGUGUUUUAACAUUGAUGCAAAAAAAAUCAUCCUUGAGCUCGAUUUGCCAGAGAUUCGAGAAAGGAGGUGUUGGGGCACUCCUUUUGGUUGGUUGGUCACUCUUGGUCUUGAUGGUGAAAUUCGAUUGUUUAAUCCUUUAUCGAGAGCCAGCCUUUCCCUUCCUUCAAUGCACACCUUCAAUCAUAUUGCCUGCUAUACACCAGAAUAUUCUCGUUUAUAUCUUAUAGACAAAGUUUUACUAUCUUCAAGUCCAACUUCUCCUGAUGCUAUUAUUAUGAUAAUUUGGGGUUUUGGAAUGUACGCAGAUAAGACCUUAGCCUUUGCAAAGCCCGAUGAUCAAGAAUGGACUCAAAUUUUUUGUGACUAUGCUUUGGCUGAUGUCAUUUGUUUCAAUGGUAAUUUCUUUGCCGCAUGUGUUGAGGGACGACUUUUUAUAUGGGAGGACUUAAAUAGACCAUCUCCAAAAUUUGUUGAAUUCGCUCCACCACCACCUACCAUCCAUCGUGGUCAUAAGAAAUAUAUUGUUGAUUUAAGCGGCGAUCUUUGUAUGAUUGCUCGUGAUGUUCAUUGA